AUGGCUGCAUUCAACGCUAUUCUGUCGCUCAGCACGCUCGGUCUCUACAUUUCCUAUCUUAUUCCUCUCAUCCUUCUUGUCUUAAAGCGCUUCAUGGCGCCCCAAAAUAUCCCGCAGGGAACAUUUAGUCUGGGGAAAUUUGGCCUUCCCAUGAACCUUCUUGCCACUCUCUUCGCUACUUAUUUUGUUAUCUUCCUUCCCUUCCCGUCGACGCUGCCGGUCACCGGGGAGAACAUGAACUAUGCCGGGCCUGUGCUUGGGUUCGUUAUGGUAUUCGCCUGUGGGGAUUGGAUUUUUCGCGGACGGCAUAAGUGGGAAGGCCCAACAAUAGCGUCUUAUGCUAGAGAAGAGUGA